AUGGUUGCUCUAGCGCCUAUUGCGGACAUGGCCUCGGUCCUAUACGUGGAAGAACCCACCAAGAAUGGAAUCGUUCAUUCCAAAGAAAUCCCAGCCGAUCUCGUCGAUCAGGCACCGAUCAAUUCUGCUGGACACGUGGGUCCACGUUCCGAAUCUUUGGAAUAUGAGGUCCAGGGCAUUUCCGCAAACGGCAAUGCCUCUACGACAUAUGAGCAGAUUUCUCGAAAUGGCACCGCCACUCCUACUAUUGAUUCUGAAGCUACCAAAACUCGCAACAUGGCCGUUGAGGUAUUAAAAGUAAUUGAAAGUUAUGGUGUUGACUACGAGAAAAAUGGUGGCUGCUGGAAAGGGCUCGAGUCUUUUGUUUCCACUGUCGUUGAACAGGUCGGGAAGCAGGAACCUAUUCGCAUGAUCCUGCCAGCUUUUCCAUUCAAAUCUCCAAAUGGGCGUGACAAGGUACUCGGUACUUUGCCUGAUUUUGGCGAGGAGUUGGCGCUUGCUCAUCUGAACGGGUUGUGUGAGAACAUCGCUCAGGUAUAUGGACCGGGCGCCAAUGUAUACAUCAGCUCGGAUGGAUUGGUAUACAAUGAUAUUCUUGGUGUCCCAGAUGAGACUGUAUGGGAGUAUGGUGAGGGUUUACGACGAAUGGCCGUGGAGAAAGACUUCCGCCAUGUGAAAUUCAUCCGCCUCUUCGAGCUACUGGAGCAUCCAUGGUUUGUGCACGAAACUCCAGAAGCUGCAAAAGCAUUUUAUCUUUCCCAUGCCUCCUGUCUUCGUCGCGAACUUACGUAUGUCUUCGGCGACCCGACAUUUGAUGCCGAUGUGGCAAUCAAGACCGACAACGAUACCUGUCUCACAUAUCGAGGGUAUAUCAAGUUUUUGACGAAGGAUCUUGCCCAUCAAGGAGAGAAUCUUUCGAUGUCCAAGCGUGCACGAGAGAAACAGAUCUCCCAAACUGCCCGCAAGAUGAUUGUCCGCGGUAAAAUGUUUGCGGCUGCCAUCAAAGCCAACCGUAAGGAUUACGUGCGACUAUCAAUCCACGAAUCAGCCGGUGAAAAAAAACUGUCAGUGUCUCUUAUUCCACAGAAGCGUGGAGCUCUGGGAUUUACACCAUGGCAUGCAUCUGUGGCUGUCGGACUUGACGGAUCAUAUCGAACUACCCAUGCCGAAGAUGUGCGCGAGACGCAUGAUUUGAUCUACAAGAACGGACAGCCAUACUUUUUCCGCGAGAAAUCGGAUCUUUUCAACUGGUCUGCGGAUGGAGUUUCCGUUAAAUUUGAGCAUCUAUACCCGUGCGGUCUUAUCAUUAGCCCUGCCGACAUCGACGGGGUCAACCCCCCACCCUCUAUUCGGGAUAUCCCCAUGCACAAGGUCCGAAAGCUGUCCAACGUAAUGUCCCCUGUGAUUCUUCGUGGCUUUGCAGAGACCCUAGAAGAAGAUCUAUAUGUCAAAGCAGCAUCUGACAUGGGUGUCAUUCUCCCAUGGAGCUUUGGUAUCAUCCAGAAGGUCCGCGACGCUGGACGCUCUGACAAAAUGGGCAACAAUGUCACCUCGAAUGAAGCCAUGCCCAUGCACUUUGACGGCAUGUUUAAGUUCGAGGAUGUGACAGAUCCAGAGACCGGCGAGAUAAAGAAAGUCCAGCAUCCACCUGGUUACCAAUUCUUCACUUGUCCCGCCACAGCACCCAAGGGGAGUGGCUUCACUUUGUUUGCUAGCUCUCGGCUCUUUUUCCGGUAUCUCCCGCUACCAUGGACAGCCGAACGUCUUGAAAAGAUCACUUGGCGCAUGGAUAAUGAUGGAUUCUGGGAUGCGAAGAUGGAAAAUCUUCCUCUUACAGUGAAACACCCUGUCUCCGGUCUACCAUGUAUGCGUUGGCACCAGCCAUGGGACUCCACCAAGACCAAAUUUUCGACGUGUGAAGUGACUAUUGAGAACGACGAUAACAGUUUGGUGCAAGUUAUUGAUCACGGUGUAUAUGACCAUCGUGUCUGUCUUCGCUUCGAGUGGGAAAGAGGUGAUUUGUUGAUCAGCGAUAAUACCGCUAUGUUGCAUACGCGCACUGGAUAUAUCAAUGACUGUGAUCGGGAAUUAUGGCGCAUUCAUUUCGAUUAG